AUGUUCUGGUUCCUCUUGGAUGGGCUUGAAGAAAUAAAGAGAGAACUGUGUGAUGAGGCCCAUCUUGUGUAUAGUAGUGGGAAGCCCGUCGGUGGAACUCAACUGAUCCAUGGCAUACGAUACGAACUUGGAAAAUGGACACCAGCAGCCAGCAGCAACAACAGCAACCCUUCCUUUCAGGCUUCACCAGUUUGGGUCAUCAGCAUUUCUUCUGGCUUCAGGCUUCAUCAACAAAACCUGUUAACGGAAACCGUUGGAAAUGGUAUGGCUGUUCUCUUUGCCAAUUUUAUUCAUCAAUGUGCAGUGCAGUGA